CGUCAACGGUCCUCCUUUAACUGCAACCCUGGUCCCACAAAAACAAUAUUUCUUCUUUUAGGAAGAUGCCUAUUGAGAUAUGGAGGGACUGAGCCGGUAAAUAUUUCUUCUUUUUUUACACACUGCAAUAUUCUAUUACUUUUCUCUUUCUGAGAAAUUUGAAAGAGUUAUGACUUAAGGCCUUCAAUUUCCAUUGCUGAUUUGGUGAAACAGGCUUUAUCAGACCCUUCAAAUUUUGUUUGUUGCACACUCCCACACUAAAGCAAUGAAUUCUAAUUGUGUUAUAGACAUUGGAAUCAAAAUUUCAGUAGGUAGUGCAGCUGCUUAUUUUCAAACAGGCAUAUUCUCCGCCAGGCGUUAUUUUGUUCUCCUGGCUUCCUCAGUUCUUAUUAUCACAUGGAUUAAUUUAAGCAAUGACGUUUAUGAUUUCGACACAGGAGCAGAUAAAAACAAAAGAGAAUCAGUUGUAAACCUCGCUGGAAGGACAAACAGAAGGUCUUCAUGGCUAAGUACUAUUGUGUGAGAUUGCAUGCUUUAUUUGGAGCUGCAUUGGCUGCUGGACUGGUGGCUAGAACAGUCACUAAAAAAUAUGUUUCAAGGCCUAUAUUCUCUUGAGAUUUGUUCCAUGUCUUCAAUUUCAAAAUCAUGAUAAACCGAAGAUCCUAUUGAGGAUUAUGAGAUAUAAAAAUUUGUUGUCAAAUAACCAGUCUCAUGCAUGCUGGACAGUUUGCUGGACUAAGCAAAUAGAAUGAGACUUAGUCCCGGACAAUUUUUGAGCUGUCUUACAGAGUUUUUAUAGUGAUUUUAGGGUAGAAACCUUUUUGUAUCUCUCUAAAGUCUCGAGUCAAAUCUGGCACCAACAAACAUGUGACAAAGUUGUAUCAUCCAAUUUUUAGCCAUUCUUUAUUGGAGUCCCUUUUGCAACAUUAAAUUACCAGAAGAGCAACUUUUAGUACAUGUUUCACAUCUUAACAAACUGUAUGUGAGGAUAUAACCCCUAAAGAUGACAUUACCAGAAAAACAUGAAAUUUAAGGGUAUAAAUUGGAUGCCCGACAAUAUAACAUUUGGAUGACCAAAAAAUAGUGUAAAGAAACACUAAAUUUAAGGGUAGCAAUUUAGUCUUUUACUUUA